AUGCUGCUGGACAAGAGGAAGGAGGUGCUGCGGCUGUACCGCGAGAUCCUGCGCACCACGCGCAUGUUCCCGCACCGCAACGAGCAGGGUCAGCUCUGGUCGGACGUGCUACAGAAGAAUGCGCGCAUGGAGAUCGAGCAGAACCGCUACGAGACGGACGGAGAGACCAUCUCCAAGCGCAUUCUAUUCGGCUGGAAGUGCUUGCAAGAGGUCCAGGAGAAGGUGAUGGAGAAGCACGAGGAAUUGUCCAACAACUUGGAUAAUGACAAGAAAAAGUAG